AGCCGGCGGUUGCACAGACGCCCUGGCGUGGCCAGGACCCGCGGAGCUGUCAGUGGAGGCCUGCGGUGUCGGCAGGGAACCUGGAGCGGGAGCGGCGCCGUCCGUGCAGCCCCGAGCCUCGCCAGACCGCCAUUGUUAUCGUUCAGUGUGUGCGUGUGAUUUUUUUCCCCCAGAAAAGGUGAACGAUGAGUCGCUCUCUCGUAAUUUAACGUGAAGUGGGUGAGCGAGGUGGUGCGGACGAGGAGGCGGACACAAAGGAGAUCGGAGGGGCUGCUUCAGCUGUUACCCUGAGGUGGAGGGAAGCGGGAGCUGGAACAGGGUCAUCCUGACUGUCAUCAACCCCUCCCCUUCCCCACCCCCUCCAUCUCCAUCUCUACAGGGCUAUUACUAAACCGAAGAGAGAGAGAGAGCAACAAUAGUGAUAUUCUUCCUUCGCAGCCCGGUUAAAAUGGAUCGUGAAAGAGGAGAGAGCGAGGAUAAUUUGGAUUACUCGGUUGCAAAUGUGGAAAAGGCAUUGCAUCAGUUGUACUAUGAUCCAAACAUUGAUAAUAAGAACUUGGCUCAGAAAUGGCUGAUGCAGGCACAGGUGUCACCUCAAGCCUGGCAGUUUAGCUGGGCACUGCUCAGUCCAAAUAAAGUGCCUGAGAUUCAAUACUUCGGAGCCAGUGCUCUCCACAUCAAGAUUUCUCGGUACUGGAAUGAUAUACCCUCAGAUCAAUAUGAGAGUUUGAAAUCCCAACUUUUCAAUCAGAUUGCCUGUUUUGCCUCUGGCUCCAAGAUUGUGCUCACCAGACUAUGUGUGGCGUUAGCAUCACUGGCACUCAACAUGAUGCCUGAGAGAUGGCCAAAUGCAGUAGGUGACAUGGUGAAGAUGUUCCAGACUGAAAGUUCAGAUGUGGAUGGCAAAGCCAGAUGUAUGGCUUUGCUGGAACUGCUAACCGUCCUCCCUGAAGAGUUCCAAACAAGCCGUCUGCCUCAGUAUCGGAAAGGUGAAGUACGAAAUGCUCUAGCACAAGAGUCUGGUGCUGUCUUUCCUCUUCUUCAACAAUUGCUACAGACAGACUCCCCUGUGUUCAUCAGCCAGAAGGCUCUUAAGUGCUUCUCAAGCUGGGUGCAACUGGACAUUCCUCUCCUGGAUUGUGAAUCUUUGAUGCAGGCUUCAUUUUCAUCGCUACAGAAUGCUGAACUCUUUGACACAGCAGUUGAAGCCCUUGUCAAUGCUAUUUCCCAACCUGAUGCCCAAAGAUACGUAAACACUUUACUAAAGCUGAUCCCUCAGGUCUUGCAGCUGCAGGAGCAGCUGAGACAAGCUGUCCAAAAUGGAGAUAUGGAAACAUCACAUGGCAUCUGCAGAAUCGCUGUGGCACUUGGAGAAAAUCACUCAAGAGCAUUGUUGGAGCAAGUUGAGCACUGGCAGACCUUUCUUGCACUUGUCAACAUGAUCAUGUUUUGUACAGGGAUUCCAGGCCACUACCCAGUGAAUGAAACUACGAGUUCUUUAACCCUUACCUUUUGGUAUACUCUACAGGAUGAUAUAAUGUCAUUUGAAGCUGAGAAACAGGUGGUGUAUCUUCAAGUUUAUCGUCCUGUUUACUUUCAAUUAGUUGAUGUUCUGCUCCACAAGGCUCAGUUCCCUUCAGAUGAAGAAUAUUCCUCUUGGUCCUCUGAUGAAAAAGAACAAUUUAGAAUAUACAGAGUUGAUAUCUCUGACACUCUGAUGUAUGUAUACGAAAUGCUGGGAGCUGAACUGUUAAGUAAUCUGUAUGACAAAUUAGGAAGACUUUUAACUAACACUGAGCAACCAACGUCAUGGCAGCACAUUGAGGCCUGUUUGUAUGGGUUUCAAUCUAUUGCAGAAACCAAUGAUGUCAACUAUUCCGACGUAAUUCCAGGAUUGAUUGGUCUUAUCCCACGGAUAAACAUCAGUAAUGUGCAGUUAGCUGACACAGUAAUGUUUACGAUAGGUGCACUAGCCGAAUGGCUAGCUGAUCACCCAGUGAUGAUCAACAGUGUAUUGCCGCUGGUAUUGCAUGCUUUGGGCAACCCAGAGCUUUCCAUAUCCAGUGUUUCCACACUGAAGAAGAUCUGUAGAGAAUGCAAGUAUGACCUACCUCCCUAUGCUGCUAAUAUUGUGGCUGUUUCUCAGGAAGUUUUAAUGAAACAAAUUCAUAAGACAAGUCAGUGUAUGUGGCUGAUGCAGGCACUGGGAUUCCUGCUCUCUGCUCUUCAGGUGGAGGAAAUCCUUAGGAACCUGCACUCCCUCAUCAGCCCUUACAUCCAGCAACUGGAGAAACUUGCUGAAGAGCCGCCAAAUCCAUCAAAUAAACUAGCAAUAAUACAUAUUUUGGGUCUGUUGUCCAAUUUGUUUACCACAUUGGAUAUCAGUCACCAUGACGAUGAGCCAGAAGGCAGUGAAGCAAAGAAAAAACCCACCUUGCAAGGACCUAACCCUGUUGUGGUGGUCCUCCAACAAGUCUUCCAACUCAUACAGAAAGUGCUGUCUAAAUGGCUGAAUGAUGCUCAGGUUGUUGAGGCUGUUUGUGCAAUCUUUGAAAAGUCUGUGAAGACUCUUCUGGAUGAUUUUGCUCCCAUGAUUCCACAGCUUUCAGAAAUGCUGGGUCAGAUGUAUAGUACUAUACCACAGGCAUCUGCACUGGAACUAACACGACAGCUGGUGCACAUAUUUGCCACUGAUUCAACUCAUUUUGUCCCAGUAAAGGCUCUGUUCCUCCUUGUCACAUCUGUGACCCUCUCGAUCUUCCAACAAGGACCCAGGGAUCAUCCUGAUAUUGUUGAUUCAUUUAUGCAACUCCUGGCACAGGCUCUCAAAAGGAAGCCAGAUUUGUUUUUAGCAGAGAACUGUGAUGUGAAGGCAUUGUUUCAGUGUGGGAUCAUCUCUUUGAAAUUUCCAGAAGCUCCAACAGUCAAAGCAACAUGUACAUUCUUUACUGAGCUACUACCACGUUGUCGGGAGAUACAGCCUAUUGGCUUAGUUGUCCAUGAGAAUGGAAAGCUGUUGCUCCAAGCUACUCUAGAAGCUAUUGGUGGACAAGCCCCAAGAAAUCUAAUGGAUCAUUUUGCUGAGAUACUGUUUGCUUUGAACAAGCAUUGUGUUACCUACUUGAGUAUUUGGUUAAAGGAAGUGAUGCAGCAACAGAAUUUUCCUUCAAGCCGCCUUACUCAAGUACAAAAAGAAACGUUUAGUCAACAAAUUUUAAGAGAUCGAGUAAAUAAGAGAAGAGUAAAGGACAUUGUUAAGGAGUUCACAUUACUGUGCAGGGGUCUUCAUGGUACAGAGUAUGCAGCCGAAUAUUGAAGCUGAGUAUUUACGUUGAAGUGUCACUCCUUAUUAGCAUGCUUCCUGCAUCCUCAACACAUGUUUGCACCAUUUUCUUCUGUAAAAAUGCAUUCUAGCGUGAAAGAUGUUUUUAAAGCAUCAAAUGGGCUUGUGUCUGCACCACAGGAUUUGAGAGGAGAGAAGAAUACAUGCUCUCGUGUGUAGCCAUAUUAUGAGGCUUUUUUUUUAAAAAGUGACUUCCUGUCAUAGGAAUGGGUCAUUUAAUAGAGGGAAAUGUGCCAGGGAAUUUAUGGCAUAAGCUGCCCCUGACCUGUAAGUAAUUUGUGUACAUGUUUUGUGUCGUAAUUAAAGCUUUAUGGAAGCAAUAUAACUUGCUGCUGGAGUCCUGUGAUUUUUGGCACUUUGUAAACACAAAAUCUUGUUGAGGGAGCUAAUCCCAGAUGAUUCAACUGUGGAAUAUUACUGGUGAUGCUGCUACAAUGUCUGAAACCAUUUUAAACAAAUUUAGAAUUUUAGUUUAUUUUUUCAUUUUAAUUUAAUUACGGAUGUGCUGAUGUGGAUUCCUGUUGUAAUGUAAAAGUUGAGGAUGUUGCAACAGUCUGAGCGUUUAAAACAUUGUUUGUAACUGUAACAAUGGCUAUUUGAGUUUCAAAACUUUAUAUUUUAAUUCAAAAGAAACUGACUAAAGAAAUUUACCAGAGCUUUCAGUCACUUUUUCUGACCAGAGAAAAAGAGUGACUCGACCUAGGUAAAGGAUCUGACUAAUCGCACAAUAAGAAUAUUAAAUCAAUGAACUGACAAAAAGCAGCAAGAACUCUGCUAAAGCUUUGAGGCUCUGAAAGCUUUGUUACAGCCCUAUUUCAUUUUGCAUCUUUUAAACCUUUGUAAUAUAUAUGCUCUGUGCUACUUUCUGUCAAAAAGGGUAUCACCUUAAUGUAACUCCAAGCUGUACUUCUGUACUUGUGUUCUUGUAACUUAUUUACCUGUUCUUCUAGAUUUUCUAGAAGCUCCACAAAUAUGGUAUAUAUAUUCUAGUCUAAAACUAAUAUAGGAAGCCCACUAGUGAAAUCUUGAUGAGAAAUGACACUGCAGCCAAUUCGUUUUCUAUUGUGAAAUAAAGCUUCACUUAUAAAUGUGUGACUUUUUUCCUCCCCAUAUCUUUUUAACCCAAAUAAUUAUCGUGGUUCAGCAAGAACAGACUGAAGUAUAUGUCUAAUCCAUAACAUUUACACCUUUUGAAUUGUAAAGAGAUAUUGUGUAAUAUACAACUAUAUGCAGAUACCAUAGUCUGUAAUAAAGUAUAAUCAAUUCUGAGUUGAGAUGCUCUGACUUAAAGC